AUGAUAAGCAGGAGUUUGGGUGCAGAAGCGGGUUCUAUGAUCGGCAUAAUAUUCUCGUUCGCAAACGCAGUGCUCGUUUCGGCCAAUUUGAUCGGUGCCGCAGAAACGGCUGUCGAGAUUAUGGGAGCAAAUGAUAUCAUGCUUACGAAUAGUGUUAUAAACGAUACGAGACUUAUUGGCGCACUUUUGUUGAUUCUCAUUGCUAUCAUCCCUUUAAUAGGGAUGAGUUGGGAGGCUCGGGCUAUGCUGUUAUUAAUGGUUCUCUUGUUUGCAUCACUUGUCAACUAUUUUGUUGGCACAUUUAUUCCUCCUUCGGAAGAGAAGAUAUCAAAGGUAACGGUGGCUGAAAAGAACAUAUACCCCAAUUGGGGAGAUGUGGGCUUUUUUGAUGUAUUCGGAGUAUUCUUUCCAUCCGUGAUUGGAAUUUUUGCGGGAGCAAGUAUGAGCGGAGAUUUAAAAGACCCAAACGCAGCCAUUCCUAAAGUAUAUUUGGUGCUUAUCACAAUGACUCUAUCGAGUGGUUACGGGCCAUUGGUUUGGAUCGGCAUAUUUGCUGCCACUUUGAGCUCAGCUCUGGGCUCUUACGUAUGCGCUCCCAGAAUAUUCCAGGCCUUAUGUGAGGAUAACUUAUUUCCUUAUAUCAAAUAUUUCGCCAAAGGAUACGGAAAGAUAAAUGACCCGCGAAGGGGGUAUAUUCUCACCUUUGUCAUCGCACUAGCAUUUAUAGCCAUAGGAGAGCUGAACACAAUAGCGCCCAUUAUCUCCAACUUCUUUAUGGCCUCUUUCUUCUUAGUAAAUAUCGCUUCAUUUCACGCGUCGUUCGUCGGUUCGCCCAGUUUUAGGCCCACAUUCAAGUAUUAUAACCAAUGGGUUAGCCUUUUAGCAGCAGUUUUCUGCAUUGUUAUCAUGUUUCUGUUGGAUUAUAUAACCGCUAUCGUAACUGUUGUUAUAAUGGGAGUUAUCUAUUUAUGGAUGAUGAAGAAAGGACCAGACGUGAAUUGGGGGACAUCCAAAAGGGCUCACAUAUACAACUCUGCUCUAACCGCUGCCCUUAAACUCAAUAGUAUUGGAGAUCACGUCAAGAAUUUUAGACCUUCUAUACUUUUAAUGACUGGUUACAAAAGCAGUUGGAGAGACUGUCUUCCAAACGAUUUGAUUGACUACUACAGCGUUAUUCUAUUUGCGUUAGAAAAUGAGUUAUCGGUUAUGAUUCUGAGAAUACAAGAGGGAUUAGAUUAUGCAGACUUCUUUGAAUCCGAUGCCGUUAAAACAAAUAAACACAUUUUGCCCACAAUUAGCGAACCAAACGAUAGUUUGGAAAUAGAAAAUGGAAUGACAGCUAACAUAGCAGUCAAUGUUGAAAAUAUGGAUAAAAGGAAGCACAUGGAUGCCAUUAAAGGGUUAAUACCAAACGAUGCGAUUGAAGCCAUGAAUCAAUUUAAUGAGAAGCAAAGGCGGGGAACCAUUGAUAUCUGGUUGUUGGCCGACGAUGGAGGACUCACUAUUAUGGUUCCCUAUCUUCUUAGUUGUAAAGAUAUUUGGAGGGACUGUAGUCUUAGGAUUCUUACAUUAGCCGCAAACGGAGAGGAAAUUACUGAGACUAAAGACAAUUUGAGUCAAUUGAUGUCAAAACUGCGAAUCCCAUUCUCGGACAUAAAAGUUCUCGUGUUCUCGGAAGCAGAUUUAGACAUAAAUGAUUCAAGGACUCUGCCGAUGGCUAACAAACACAUACCGAUCCCAUUGUACAUGAGUUGGUUGGAAGUGCUGACAGAUUUGACUGAAACUGAGACAGAUCACUUCUACCGGAUGCCACCAUUCCUUAUGCUGCGAGGGUUUGGUCAACGAGUGAUCACUAUUUAAGACAAAAAUGGCAAACCUUUGCUUUUAAUUGAAAUAUAAAUUUAUUUGUAUUCAUUAAUUAAAUGUUAAUAAAUUUUCAAACAUCAUAUAAAA